CCUGUACUGUCUGCAGUCUCUGGUCAUCUCCUGUACUAUGUCUGCAGUCUCUGGUCGUCUCCUGUACUGUGUCUGCAGUCUCUGGUCAUCUGUACUGUGUCCGCAGUCUCUGGUCAUCCCCUGUACUAUGUCCGCAGUCUCUGGUCAUCCCCUCCACUGUGUCCGCAGUCUCUGGUCAUCUCCUGUACUAUGUCCGCAGUCUCUGGUCAUCUGUACUGUGUCCGCAGUCUCUGGUCAUCUCCUGUACUAUGACCGCAGUCUCUGGUCAUCUCCUGUACUAUGUCUGCAGUCUAUGGUUAUCUUCUGUACUGUGUCCGCAGUCUCUGGUCAUCUCCUGUACUAUAUCCGCAGUCUCUGGUCAUCUCCUGUACUAUAUCCGCAGUCUCUGGUCAUCUCCUGUACUAUGUCCGCAGUCUCUGGUCAUCUCCUGUACUGUGUCCGCAGUCUGUGGUCAUCUCCU